AGUUAUCUGGCAUCCUCCUAGACAGGAAUAAGUGCAAAGCAGCGAAGAACCUGACCAUGGACCAGCUAGAAGCUUUCCACCAGGCCUAUAGUUUCUUCAGUAGGGACGUAGAUGGCAGUAUUGACCUAGAAGGCUUGGAGACUACUGCAAAGAAGCUUGGGAUUAGUUUAACCGAACAAGAGGCCUAUGAUGAGCUGUCAUAUGCUGAUAUGAAUGGAGAUGGGAAGGUGAACUUCUCUGAUUUUUUGACCAUUGUCAGCGACAACAAGCGCUUCAUCCAGGCUGUAGCCCCCGAGAAAGACAGCAUGGAGGACCUUGAUUCUGUCGACACCUCAGGAAUCCUGUUCUUUGAGGUCCUGUCAAAGCUGGUGGAAAUUUCGGCUCUGCCAAGGAAGGCCAUGCUUGAAAUAGUCAGUUACUACCGGCAGAAGUUCCUGGCGUCCACUGGCAGGCGGGCCUGGAUAGAUGCUGGCAACUUAAUGGAUCAUGGGAAGAGACUCCACACGCUCAAAAAAGCCCCGACUCCUCGGAGAGGCAAAGUCACUCCUAUGUCUGCCUUUGCAGGCGCUGCCCGCAUCUCAGUGAUGAAUGACAAAGAGCUGGAAGCCUAUGUGGAAACCCUCAGGGCAAACACUGUCCCCGCCGACAGUCCUUAUGCUCAGGUACCCAUCUUCCCAUUGCUUCCCAACCGGGAUGGAAUGACAGUACCGAAGCCAAAAAAAGACUUACAGAAGCUGGAGAUUCAGAGAAGGAAAGAGCCUAUAUCAUCGUUUGAAAACCACUUUUUCCAUAAAAGAAACUGGCUGCGCGAGGGAACUGCGUUCAAACCUUCUGCUUCCUUCAGAGACCGGAAAAACUCCCCUAGUCUCAGCCCUCACUUGAUGGAGAGGCGACACCGUUUGACUAUAGAAGACCUGCGUGAGAUACGACUAGAUGUGAAGAGGGUAACUGAAAUGUACAAGCAGGGGAUGGCACUCAAGGAGAGGAACAGGAUGCUAAGACUGUGGCGGAGGUUGCAUGGUGGCCAGAUUGGGCUGGAGUCAGGGAAUCACAGUUUCUACCACACUUUCUCCACCUACUCCUGGUCAUGGAACACUCACCAGGAGCUGGUGACUCCCAACGAACUUCAGCACUACGAUAACAAACUGUACCGCAGAGAACAUUCCUCAGCCUGCUCUGAUGACAGCGAAGUCAAGGGUGGGAUAAGGAAAGGAAAAGAAAGGAAAUGAGAAGAAAGAGCCAUGCUGUUCCAUUUUCUUACUGUCAUCCUCCCCACCCCAUUCCUUUUCUCUAUAACAGUCUCAGACUCUUACACGGGUCAGACUGUCCAAAGGUAGGAAAGAGAACUGUUCCCCCUUUGCAUACUGGCGAAUACAAUGAGAAUUAAAAGAGAAACAUGUUUUUCUUC